GAGCAACAGAGACUCACCAUUAAAACUUUGUCUUUGAUUGGAGAUUCAUAUUCGGCGAGCUGCAGAGAUUCGAUCAUUUUAGAGUUCCGGCCAGUGGUUUUUAGAAAAUGUUUUCUUCUAAUUACCUUCUAUUCUUUGAAAUAAUCAGGGGAAAUCAAGAUGGUAGGAUUUGGUGGGUUAUGGAUUGGACUGAAGAAAGCAAAACCAUUCUUGGCAAUGUCUACCGUCAUGCUAUUGCAUUUCUUGUCAUUGCUCCCUUUGCCUUUUUCCUCAAAAGGAACGUAAGGCCACAAUCAACCUUGCCUAUCUUUCUAAGGAUAAUGGCACUUGGAAUCCUUGAGCCAGUGCUAGACCAGAACCUCUACAAUGUGGGGAUUACACACACAUCAGCAACAAUGAGAGCCACCUUUGCCAAUAUGCUUCCUGUCAUUACUUUCAUACUCAUGAUAAUUUUCAGGCUAGAGAAGGUGAAUGUGAAAAAGUUUCAUAGCGUGGCCACGUCCUUCACACUAAAGAAGUACCCAGUAGCACUCUCUCUUGCAGCUCUAGUAUGCUUGAUGGGAAUAGUGGAAGGUGCUGUGGUGUCUCUUAUAUUUGAAAGAGACAUGAUUGUUUGGAGAGUUGGCUUCAAUUACAGGCUCCUUGUUGUUGCCUACUCUGGAGUGAUUUGCUCUGGACUUGCUUAUUACGUGCAAAGGGUUGUGAUUAAGGAAAGAGGUCCUGUUUUCACAACAUCGUUUAGUCCUCUGUCCAUGAUCAUCACUGUUGCUCUUGGGGCCAUUGUCUUGAAAGAAUUGGUCCACUUGGGAAGCAUACUUGGACCCAUUUUCAUAAUGAGUGAACUAUACAUAGUGGUGUGGGGCAAAAGCAAAGAGUCCCAAAGCACACUAGAACAAACAAACCAAGAAGUGCCUGCUGUUACAGCUACAAGCGUCAGUUCAUCAGAGGAAGAUGAAAUCAAAGAAUUGCCUGUUGAUCAUGGAGGCAUAGUCAAUGAUUCAGAAGGUGAAAUUCAAGAAUUGCCCGUUGAUUAAGGAGGCGUAGUCAAUGAUCCAGAAGGUGAAAUUCAAAGAAUUGCCCAUUGAUUAUGGAGGCGUAGUCAAUGAUCCAAAAGGCAAAAUACAAGAAUUGCCGUGUAAUCAAGGAUCCUGUUGCAAACAACUCUGUAUUGUAAUGUUGCAAAAGGCUAGCAUUGUUAUUUUCUAUUCUAAUACUCUUUCUUGAACUUAUGUAAUAGGGUGAAUGAAACAAAACUUACUUA